UUUAAAAUUUAAUUAAUUUUAAGCUUUAAUAUUUAAUUUAUGAAACAUUCUUACACAAUCCACUAGGUGGCAGCAACACACGGUCUCAACAACGAGACUACAGGCAGAAGUAGAGUGUGGUCACGUGACCUUCAAACCAACGUGCCCUCAGCCGAGUAUCAACAACAUUAGGCAAAAAAUACAGAGUCAAAACAGAAAUGUCGGUCGAAAACCUGAUUGUAAAUCUACAAGAAUGUUUAAUCAGUGAGGACCAACCUCCGGAAGAUGUCAGUAAACUUUUCACGUCAUUCUUGGGUAAACUUUCUGAAUCCACGAGGACCAGUGUGAAAAGAUGCAAGGAUCGUUGUUUGGACGAGGCUAUCCAGAUGCUCAAACAAAUACCGGAGGAGCAGCUUCGUGGUUUGCAAAGCGAGCAGCUCCAGCUGCUGGUCAGACUCCUCAUAACCAUGCAGAUUCAGAUGGUCAACAUCUCCACGGCCUGUCGGAAACUGGACCAGAUGCUACAGCAUCUAGGAAAGGUGGAUCAUCAACUGGUUGCCACAGAAACCCUUCAUCGUUUACAAUCUUUAUUCCAGAGGGAUCAGAUUCCAUCUCAAGCAGACUUACAGACAGCCUGUAUGUUCCUGGAAGACAGCGCCGUUGGUCGUAAGGUGUGGCGAACACUUUGCGUUUCCAUGCUGAAGAAAAUAUCUGAUUUAUUCCCUGUUCUGAUGCAAGACAAAUGUCUGAGCAACGGGCCGCUGUGUUACCUUUCAGUGAAGGUGUGCCUGCAAGUAUUCCAGCUGCUGUCCAGAGAAGUAGCUCCUCUGGUGUGGAAGGAGAACAACAACAACAGUCCAGUGGUGCAGAAAAUCCUGCAGGCUCUCAUGAACAUAAUACUCGGACAGUGCUGCAACAGGGACACUCGCCUUUUAGCAGGCACCGCUGUGGCCAUGUUGAUCAACACAGCGACUCAGAGCCAAGCGGGAGGAGCUGCUGCCUGGAGCUUGCACCACAUCUCUUAUAAAAACCCCUGGCAGCUGACGGUUGGAGUCCUGCAGGUGGACUGUGACCCUGUCAGGAAGGAUGGCGUGGACAGGCUGGCUGUGAUCAGGGGCCUCCUCACCUGCUGUCGGACUCAGAUCUUACUCUCCUCGCAUUUCUGUAACUCAGAGGUGAAUAUAAUGAAGGUUUGUGAGGAAAACAACUUUUUCUUUGUUUCCAAGAUACUUUUGUUUUUUUCCCUUUUUUUUAAGACAAGUUUCCUGAUGGACAGCCUGUACCCGCUCGUGCGUGCACUAUGCGAGGAGACUCUGGAGUGUCACUACUUCUCUUUUGAAGUGCUAACUCUGUGGCUGAAGAAAGUGAGAGAAUGUCUGACAGAUCUGUGGGAGAUAACCGGCACCCGGCUUUUCACGGACGACAGCAGCCUGCUGGUGGAUCUCAUUCACAUCAUCUGGACCAAUGCAGAAAGCCCAGUGGACGGAGUGCCUGAAUUUGCAAACAGGGCUUUUAGUUUGUUGCUGGAUGUCUAUGACAUGGACUGUGAGAAGUUUGGUGACACAAAUAGGGAUUUUUAUUCAACUGUUUUUCUCAAAAUAAUGAAAUUACCCUGGGAGGCCAAAGCCAAAUAUCAUCUCCUUUGUGCUCUAGUUCCAUAUCUGGGUACAGACAAGGUGCUGGAUCAGUGUGCGGAAAUACCCACUUACAUCCUUAAGAGUUUAUCGACCAAUCAGCUGUCUCCGUGUGGAUCAGAGCUCUACAAGUGUCUGAUCCAGCAGCAGAGGCGGGAGCUUUGCGACGCCCCUCAGAAAUCUGUGCCAUUCACUGAGCUGGAUCUGGCCAAACGCUGGGCCAGGCGUUGGCGUCCCGUCCUUCUUCAGGCUCUGAUGUCUGAAGUGACUCUUCUGCAGAGCAACAGCUCCACUCAUCUUUUACCCUGCACCUUUCAGGUCUUCCCCUCUGCUGCACAGCACCUGCUAGAGACUCUGGACCCUCACACACCCAGACAUCUGCACGCCUGGGCGUGCAUCUUGAGAUCUUACCGGGCCACGACUGGCUGCUCUCCCUGGGCUCUUCAGGGCAGCUCCACCUUUGAAACGCUGCAGCAAGCUCUGAUGUCCGCCGAUGAGAAAGUUCGACUCGCUGCUCUCAAUCUGCUCUGCUGCAGCCCAAAGACCAACGACAGACCGACAGCGGAGGAGAUGAGCAUCAUGAAGGAGUUUAUUCCGAUGAAUCUGAACUGCGAGUCCUCACCUUUUCGCCAGCACUUACAGGCCGGAGUGAAGCGGUUUCUAGUUCGCAUCAGAGAUAGCUGUUUGGCUCAAAUCCGAAAGCCAAAGGAGAAAAGGAAAGAAAACUCUGUUCAUUCUGAAAGGAUGCAGGAUACGCUACUAGAGCAAGGAAUCGAGUUUGUGGAGUGGUUAGGUCAGCUUCCAUACAGCAACCUGGCACCUGGGCACAGCUUUCAGAGGAAGAAGACUUCCUUACUGCUGCUGUCUGCAGUUCUGGAGACCUGCACAGACACCUGGAGCCCUGACAGAAAGAAAGGACAACCUCCAGCAAACAUGAAGAUUCUUAUACACCAUGCUCAGCUCAGAGGACAUUGGGACUUCUUCAGUAGGAGUAAAAAACUGCUUCUUCUCAGCUGUUUGGAAGAUUCUACCAAUGAGAUUCGAGAACUCUCCACUGAGUUGCUGCUGAAGUUUUUUCCCCCCAGUUUCCCAGGCGACAUUGCUGAGGUGUUGACCGUGAGAGCCAAGCAGCUUCUGUGCAGUCCCCGGGUGCAGGAGGCUCAGAUGGGGGCUCUCAUGAUGAAGGUCCUUCUGUAUAAAUCAUUAGAGCACUGGGAUAGUGGACUGUGCUCUAAAACCUCCAGCAUCAUCAGGUUCCUACUGAAGGAGCUUGAAGAUCAUUAUCUGACGGCUAAAGCGGACAUGAUGCGUGCAGCCCGAACCAAACCUAUCCAUGGUGUGUUGAAGGCUCUUCAGAGAUGCCUGUUUGAAGGCCCCGUCAGUGUCUGUGAUGCAGCCGACCACAGUUUGAUCUCUGAGGUGUUGAGUCUCCUGGAGAGCAUUUCUUUGCUCCUCCUGGGUGUACUGCAUGGAGACAACAAGGACAGCUUCACGGAAAAAGACACUCCACCAUCGUUCUGUGACAUGGGAAAUGCCAUCAGCUCUCUCAUAUCCCAGCAAGCAGAUGAAGAGGACUGCGUCCUGCUUUCUGAGGAGCACAGUCUUGUUCUGACCUGCUGCUGGGUUUCUCUUAAGGAAAUUGGGAUUUUUUUAGGUACUUUGGUGGAGAAAAUCUUCACAGAAUCUAAACAAUCAGGGGAGGGCGACCUCCUCAAACCACAGUUAUCAAGAGUGUCCAAAGUAUUCAAGAACAUUCUGCUCAGCUGCCGUCACUGGGGGGCGAUAGAGGGUUGCUGUGUGGGCUUCACAAAGUUCUGCUCCUGCCUGCUGAGCUGCAGCGAUCCAAAGAUUAAGGAUAUUCCAGUCCAAAUGCUGAAACAAGGAUUGCAGGUCGUGCAGUGUCCCCGUUCUGCAUCGGUGACCCGGCGAGCCGCCGGUUUGCCCAUGCUGAUUCUGUCCAUCCUGACAGCCGAGGAGACCAGCAAAGCGAGGCCGCUGUUAGUUCUCAGCAUGCAGACCCUGAUGGACACGGCAAGAACCCCCGUUCCCCAGAACUGGGACCAAACCCUGGACCUGCCACAGGUGUGUGCAGUUCACGCUCUUCAGGCGCUGGUGCGGGGAGCCGCUUUGGGAGCAGCCGUCCUUCAAUUUGCAUCUGAUAUAACCAUCUUGUCCUUGACUCUGCUCAGUUCCUCCUGCUGGGCCAUGAGAAAUGCAGCGCUGCAGCUUUAUAGUUCCCUUUGCUUCAGAAUGCUGGGCCAAAAGUCCAGCAAUGAGGACAGCGGCGCGGCCCAGCAUGGCAUGACUGCUCCUGCCUUCCUCUGGCAUUAUCGCCGUCUGCAGCCGUUCCUCCUGACGGAGCUGACAAAAGCAGCCGAAGGCCUCCAGGGUCCAACUGCCGAGGCCAAACUGCACCUCCAGCCAUCACUCUUCCCCAUCCUGACUCUGCUGGCCCAACUCCAGCCAGUCGUCACCGACACGUCAGGAGUGUUUUUAGACUUCUCACCUCCCCUGCUCCAGCUGUCUGCCAGUCCGAUUUACAGCGUGAGAGUGAUGGCCUCUAAAGCUUUGGUUGCCAUGACUCCCACCUCAGAGCACAUGUACGUACUCCUCCAGCUCACCGCACAGCUGCCGGGUCCUCAGGAGGGCCGCAGCCACAACCAGCUCCACGGCCGGCUGCUGCAGAUCAAAGCCGUUUUGGAAAAAUGUCUCUGCGCUAACAGUGCGACCUCAGACGAGCUGAGGGAAGUGGUGAGCAGGGUGCACGCCGCUCAGUGGCUGGUAACUGAGGAUCAGCGCUGCCCCUUAGUGAGAGCAGUCUACCUCAGUGUGGCUGACUGUCUGAGAGAAGAACUCUGUGAGGAUUUCCUGUGUCAGCUCAGUGACAGACUCACUCAUGAACUUCAUUCUCCUCCACAGGCCCUGCAGAUUGGUUUGUCCUCCUUCCACCAACAAGCUGUUCACUUCCUGUGUGGAGACCUGAAGUGGGCACUUCAAAUCUGGGACAGCUUCUCUAAGGCCAGGCUAGAUCUGAGGCUGGCAUUGGUUACGUGGGUGCUGGAUGGGAGGGGGUUUGAGCAGUCUGUUUUGAGAGAAGAGAUCCAAAAAGUGUUACAGUCGAACUUGAAGGAGGCUUUGCUCAGCCACAGUGUGGAGUAUCGCACCGCCUUCCUCACAGCCCUGGUAAAAGUGAUGACUACCGGCGAAUCUUUACCUCAGCAGCCAUCACACGAGCAUCUGCCUCUACUUGAGUGUCUUGAAUUGUUGUUCAUGGAUCUUGAGGACCAGAAAUGGGGUCCAGAAUUCCUGUCCCAGGCUCUAUCUGCUGCUGGUUUGCUGCUUUCUCAGUGUCCAAAAUCCAGUAUUAAUACAUCCAUGCUCCAGCGCUGGUGCUGCAUCUUGGAAUGUCAUAGGGCCCCUGUGGUCCCAGAAGUACUCAGGAUUGCUUGUAGUGAAGCUCUGUGUGUGACUGCAGCUCCGCUUACGAGGGACAUCAGCACCGUGAUAAAGAUCAGGUUGAUCAAUACAGGCAUUUACCUGCUGCAGGACCAAAGUCAGCAGGUGAGACUCAAAGCAGCCCGUUUUGCUGCUUUACUCCAUCGCGCACAAAGAGGAGGCAGCCAGGAGAACCUGAAUCUAAUGCAGGUCAGUCACGCUCUGUUGCUCCUCCUGGACCUGCUGCUGGAGGAGCACUGGGAUGCUCCUGGGACUCUGGAGGUGCUGCUGUCUCACCUGCCUAAGUCUGACCUCAGAUGUGUUGUGAGAGAAGCUUCUGCACUAGAGGGGUUCUCCAGCCUGUAUGAGCAGGAUGAAGCCAAUGUGUUUGCAGAGCCCGCUGUCAUGUCUGCACAUGUGCUGCCCCACCUGCUGCAGAUGGCUGAGAAAUCCUCUGAAAGCUCUGGUCUGGCUCAAAGCCUGACUUCAUGGGCAGAGGAGCACGUCUCACAAGUGCUGGAUGACCUGGUAUUCUGUGAAAAGAUUGUGCCAGAAAACACAUUAUCCGCUGCUUGGUUGGGCCUCCUUGUGGAUGCUCAUUUCCACACCACCCUGUGUGGCCUCCUCACCAGAGCUGCCUUUCUCCUCCGUCUGCUGGAAACAUCUGCUCCAACACAACCCCUUUGUGAUCCUUCUACCCUGCACACACAUUUGCAGAACGCCUGGAAGUUGCUCAGGCAGAACGGAGUCCACUUUCCUUCCUCUCUAAGAGCAGCUUUGGCUGGAGAGCUCAAGCAGAGCCUUUCUUAAUGAAGUGGACCAGGAUUACUAGAACAUUCUGCAUGACACAUAUCUAUAAUCUGAAUUAGCUGAUGGCGCAGUACACCUGCAAAGAGAGGGUAAUGCAGUUACAUAACGGAUGAGUUCAUGUUUUUGGUGCAGAAUACAAAGCCUCUGGGCAUCUAGAUGCUUUUUUAGUCCAUCUCUUUGACCAAAGCUUUAUCAUGCAGAGCUACAGUUCCCACAUCAGUCGGCCUCUUUGCCGUCUCCUUUUGUUCUCACAAACAGCAAUCUCACAGUGAAGGGCUGACGUAAUGCACAGCAUCUGGAAAAGUUGCCUGCUUGAUGCUCAGCUGGGAAUAUGGUGUGGUUUAAUGUUCCAUUAGAGGCCGUCUGACUGGAGAAGUGUCCAUUUUCCCACCACAGAAGGGCUGGUGAGAACUGAGAGGGUCUGAUGGGGGAGGCGGAGGUUACCCCGCAACAGACCGCACUCUAGAGCAGUCUGACAUCACCAGAUUAGUGUUGUUUUUGUGACGGAUGCACAAACUCGUGUAGAGGUUGGCUGUAAGCAUGAUUUAGCUCUUGUUUGUCAUGUGUUGCAUUUUAGAAACUCAAACAAUAAGCGGAUGUUAAUGAUUCAUGUCCAACUCUUAUGCAAUGCUUUUUCUUUUUUUUUCUCAAUGCAAAGUCCACAAACGAUCUUGUCAGCUUUUAACCAUCCCAGAAAGGAAGUAUUUUUUAUUUAAAUAAAAUAAUUUUUUGCCCAACA